AUGCUUCGGUUCAUAAUAUUAGCGGCGUUUCUGCAAUGCACAAUAUCUCAACAAUAUCAACAAAAAGUCGCUCCGGGAGUCCCCCCACAGAAUUAUCAGAAUUAUCAACCACCACCGCCACCUCCGGCUCCUCAUCAGCAACAAUUCCAACAGCCACCGCAGCAACAACAGUUUCAGCAGCCGCAACAGUUUCAACAACAACAACAAUACCAACAACAGGUCCCUGUACAACAAGUGCCCGUACAACAAGUUAAUGCACAGCCACCUCACGGCCAUGGGCAUGGUCAUGAUCCACAAGUUUUGAAUGCAGCAAAUAUUGCCCAAGAAAGAGAUCACAUUCAAGAACACAUGGAUGUACCAAUUGACACGUCGAAAAUGUCAGAUCAAGAAUUGCAGUUCCAUUAUUUCAAAAUGCAUGAUGCGGAUAAUAACAACAAGUUGGACGGAUGUGAAUUGAUCAAAUCGUUGAUCCAUUGGCAUGAACAAGGGCAUAAACAAGAACCUCAACAGAAUCAGCCGCCCGCUGGAGAGAAAAUAUUCAAAGAUGACGAAUUAAUCAAUUUAAUAGAUCCCAUAUUAAAUAUGGAUGAUCAUAAUAGAGACGGUUAUAUAGACUAUCCGGAGUUUGUUCGCGCGCAACAGAAGAACCAGAAACAAGAUGGAUAG